CCACCAAUCGAAGUAAGGGCAGGGCUCAACACCCAUUUUCGGAGUUCUUGCUAUAAAACCGACAUAAAAUAUCCCAAAACUAUUCAGUUUAUUUAAGUCAUCAAACUCUACCGCAGCUUUGUCGGGAGACUUUCUCUUGAAUAUAUAAUGAGUUCCAGGAUGGAUAACAAGUCUUACCUGGUUCAGAUGAAUGGGAAUGGAGUCCACGGAAAAAGCACCGUCAAUGCCAAAAGCCUCAAUGGGAAAGGAGUUCACGGAAAUGGCAUUCAUCACGUCAGUGUGAAUGGCAGUUUUUAUCCGGCCAAGGCCAAGAGCCGUAGGCAGAGAUGGGAAGUGAAGCCCUCUGAGAUGGCCAACAACACGUUCAAUCCCAUCAGGGCCAUUGUGGAUGGGAUGAAGCUCACCCCGAACCCGGAUAAACCCAUGAUCGCACUCUCCAUAGGGGAUCCAACUGUGUUUGGAAACCUGCCUACAGAUGAUGCAGUGCUUCAGGCCAUGAAAGAUGCCAUAGACUCCCAAAAAUACAAUGGCUAUGCUCCUUCUGUCGGUUAUCUGAAGAGUCGCCAGGCAGUGGCCAACUUUUUCAGCUGCCCCGAGGCUCCACUAGAGGCAGAGGAUGUGAUUUUGACCAGUGGCUGCAGCCAGGCCAUUGACCUGGCUAUCAGUGUUCUGUGUAACCCAGGGGACAACAUCCUGGUCCCGUGCCCAGGCUUCUCCUUAUAUAAGACUCUAGCUGUUUCCAUGGGCAUUGAGGUCAAACUCUACAACCUGCUGCCAGAGAAGUCAUGGGAGGUUGACCUGCAACACCUGGAGAGCCUAAUUGAUGAGAGGACAUCCUGCCUGAUUGUUACCAAUCCAUCCAACCCAUGUGGCUCUGUCUUCAACAAGGAACACCUACAGAAGAUCCUCAAAGUGGCCUCCAAACACUGCGUCCCCAUUCUGGCUGAUGAGAUCUACAGCGAUAUGGUUUUCCCAGGUUGCAGUAGUCCUUCCAUGGCAUCUCUCAGCAGCGACGUUCCCAUCCUUUCCUGCGGUGGUUUGGCUAAGCGGUGGCUGGUCCCUGGUUGGAGGAUGGGAUGGAUUCUUAUCCAUGACAGGAAUGAUAUAUUGGGAUCUCAGAUUCGACAGGGCCUGGUGAAACUGACCCAACGUAUUCUGGGAGCCUGCAGCAUCAUCCAGGGUGCCUUAGAGAACAUCCUCAACAACACACCUCAAAGCUUCUACAACAACACCAUCAGCUUACUUAAGUCCAACUCAGAGAUUUGUUUCAAUGAGCUGUCCAUCAUCCCUGGCCUGAAUCCUGUCAUGCCUUCAGGAGCCAUGUACCUCAUGGUGGGGAUCGACAUGGAUAACUUUCCUGAUUUCAAGGAUGAUGUGGAGUUCACUGAACAGCUGGUGACUGAGCAGUCUGUCUUCUGUCUGCCUGCCACAGCAUUCGAGUAUCCUAACUUCUUUCGCAUUGUGGUGACUUUGCCGGAGGAGAUGAUGGUGGAGGCUUGUGUUCGGAUCAGGGAGUUCUGCGAGCGCCACUACCGGCCCCACAGCCGAAACAGCAAUGAUCUGGACCAGUGAUGCAUAUCAGAGCUGGACUAGUCAUGGACCUGAGGGAGACCAAAUCCUAGCGGAUGGAAGAACUGUCCUCCAGUCUCAUGUACUGAGCUGGAAUCAGCUUGAAAUUUUAUUCCACCAUGUUAUUGGAGUUAAAGAUGUAGAAAUCAGAUGUCAAAACUGUAAAUAUCAUCAAAAAGCCCAGAAGCAACAUAUCUUAUGGUCCAUUGAUGGUGUCAUUUUUGAUGUAAACCAUAUGAAAUGAGCAGACCUGAUAUUUAUAUUUUAUACAGGAAAACUUAUAUUAACCUCUUCUUGUAUUUGUGUAUUUAUAUUUGUGUAAUGCGUUGUUUGUCUAUGUAAUGUUACUUCUUUGAUACUGCAGCUUCAUAGACUUUGCAUACUGUACAAACCAGCUGACUUCUUCGCGGUCACAAAUAGGUAAAAGGAAUAUAUAUUUGAAUAUCAAUUUUCAUAAAUGUUACAAAUCACAAACAAUCUCCUGCGUCCUUUGCUUAUGCUAGAGAACAGUUCUUAGUGCAAUGUUGGACUGCAUCAGCAUUGGUUUUAUCAGAACAUCAUGUGUAUAUUGUUUGUAUUUCAAUCGUGUGUCAUAUCGAAUCAAAUAUAUUUACAGACAGUUUUGUUAAAAUUUAUAUUACAUAUAACUAUACUUACAUAAUAAAAACAUGUUAUAAGA